UACAAACUGGCCCGUGAAUAGUGUAUACUAUACAACCUCCCAUCACCAAACUAGACCUAUAUAUGAUCUAUGGCACCAUAACCUUCUUAACCAAACCCAUGGCUACCUUUUGUUGCCCCAUUGAGACCGAGCCCAAGACCAUGAACCAAGUCGAACUCAACCAAGUCCGGGAAGUAGCUGUUGGUGUUAUAAAAGACAACAAACCAUCGGAAGCCUCUCGUAUACUAAAUGAGGGAAUGAAACCUGUGAUAGGGAUCGAAGAAAUGGCUAAGGUUAUCGAGAGAAAAGAUACGAUUGACAAGAUUCAAGGAAUGAGCACAAUCAAUGAGGCGGUUUGUCAAUGCUCUACAAGCGGUGUUCUUUCUACUCCUGAUCAAUGUGGUCUGAAGGAGCCUCUUUCUGCUCCUUUUUAGUCAUGUUUUUCAGUUAAAGCAUUCUCGUGUAUUUGAAACUUUCAUUUGUUACAUGCUAGUCAUCAUCAUGUAACGAGAUAAACAAACAAUCUCUAAUGAAUACUACGUCUUGUGUCUUAAUUCAUUAAGUUCUCAAGUAUCCGGGAAUCGUUUUCAAAUGAAUAUAUGAUUAGU